AUGUAUAUCAUAUCGGUGAAUGCGCACCACCAGGCACCAGGGCCUCGCGAGUUUCGGGAGCGGGGGGUGAGCACAUUCAUGGAUCGGGAGGUGGAGGAGAAAUUCACAAAGACGGUACAGGAGGUGUUCGAUGACGAGGUGGAGGCCGAUGCGGAGAAGGAGCUGAGCGCCUCAGAACGGCUCGAGAGGCUGACGAGGGUGCUCACGCGACACGCUAGGGCGGCGGUCGCGACCAGGAGGGCAAAGGGCGAUGACGAAGCGGGCGGAGAGGAGCGGCCCGCGGGAGGCGGGGAGGCAAGCGAGGGGGCGGGUGGCCGAGGGCCGCCACCUAAGUCCAAGAGAGAGAGGCUGCGAUGGAAAGUGGCGAAGUGGUUCAGGAUACGGCACGAGGUCAAGAAAUGGAGCGGCACAAUGAGCGACGGAUAUAGGAGGGAAUGGGAGGGAGAGGGCUUUUGGAGGGAGCCAAACCUGGCGCAGCUCUGGAAGGCCCUCGAGGCUCAGCCGCAGCUGGCGAAUAGAGAAAGGCGCGCGAGGGCAUUGGCGGUCUGUGAGCGCGAACGACGCGACGCUGAACAGGAGUUCCUCCUGUGCCCGCGGACGGGGGGGGAGAAACUCACAGAGGUGAUGCAGGAGGUUGCGACAGAGAAUAGCGGCAACAAUGCCAGGAGAGUCUUCGAGAUUCUGAACAAGGAGAUGGGCAGAAGAGCGGGCGGGGGGGAGCUGGUUGCGAUGUAUGAGGGAGGUGAGUGGGUAACCUGCCAGACGACGGGAGAGCAGGUCUGGCAAAGACACGUGGUGCGAGGGGACGAAGUCCGCGACGCCGCGGCGAGGAGGGGGAAGGAGAUCAACGCGCGGAGGGAGGCGGACAUGGCGGCGGUCGAGGCGCUCCUAGCAAUGACAAAACCAGCCAGGGCGGAGGCCCAGCCCCCGGGGGUGGAGGGGACAGGACGGCUCGUGGCUAACGCGUUGACGUGGUCGGCGUGCGAGGCGGCGAUCAGGAAAUUCAAGAAAGGAAAGGCCAUAGGCAGCGACAAACUAGACGGGUACCUGAUCCGACUUUCGCCGAGGGGAGUGCAGAGGGAGUACUGGAGGCUGCUGCAGGAGAUUGUGCGGGAGGAGCAGUAUCCCAAAGUGUGGAACGACUGGAUUGCUAUGAUGGCAAUGAAGCCGGGGGAGGAUCCGAAGGAGCUCGAGAGGAGGCGGGACCUUUGGCUACAGCCGCAACAUCUGUAG